AUGCAAGAAGCAUUGGACUGGUUUGAAAUAAAUACGGGUAGUGCAAUGAUACUCAAGAGCAGCCAAUUCGGGCGACAUUCCACUCUUACGCAGAAAGGUGCGGGAAGAAGGUAUGGAAGACUACCUACGUACCUUAGGUUACAGUUUGCAUUCUACCGGUCAAUUGCUACACCCAACACUCCGAUAAUGACUAUAUUUUCCGUACUUACGCACGUACAAAUCCUCUUCAAGCAUACCAUGCGGGUUAUUUACACAAUUGGGAUCCUCUUCGUUGGUGUCAUUGCAACAAGCACCGCGGCACCCAUGGGUACCACAGAUACCGUCGAAUUGAACAAGCGCCUCCCGAAACUUGGCAUGUGGGCGAGUCCUAAGGAAGAAGCCAGGUUCGCGGGUAACAGCGUCGCGGCAUCUAGCAGCCCUGGGGAGAGAUAUCCAAAAUUUGGCAUGUGGGCAAGCCUUCAAGAAGAGUCGAAGUUCGCAGAUUCCAAAGCUGUGGUUGGAAAUCAACCUUAG